UCUUCCCGUGCACGCGCGCCCAGACCCCAACACCUUUACCCUCCUGCCCUCAGCAGGGCCGCUCCCACCCUGGGUCCCCAGCGGACACAGUGGCCUCGGGACUCGUACACGCCUCCACGCCCCGCCGCGUGACGUCACGUGGGGUAGAGCCCUGAGACACUAAAUGGGGGGGGCAGGGGGGGAGGAAUGGGAAGGCGGCAGAGCUCCCAGAGCCGGGACAGUCACUCACUCUCCAGGCAGUGGGGCCCAGCACAGACAGCGCCGCCCCAGACAGCCCGCCUAGCAAGCGCAGGCUCCUAGCGCUGCGCUGGAGGGCUCCCUGGCACCCCAGCCUUGCGUCCCCAGCCCGCUGCACCUCCGGGCCCCCCUUGCUCUCGAGAGGCACCGGGAGUUGUCGCAGGGGGGCCUCGGGAAAUUCCCCGGACCCCUGUGCCAGGAGGUGCCCGGUUCGCCCGCUCUUCACCCCCCGCCCCCCCCCGAGGGCGGUGCCCGGGGGUGCUGCCCCAUGGAGCGGGGAGGCGGGCGCCGUCUGCUCCCGGAGCCCUGACCCGAGUCGGAGCUGUGUGUCGCAGCCGCCCCGACCCCCCGGCGAUCAUGCGCCGGCGCCCCUGGCUCUCCAGUCCCACUGGGCUGUGAGUCCCCCACUCCCAGCCCGUCAGGGCCUGCGCGCCAUGGGCAGCGCCCACCCUCGCCCCUGGCUGCGGCUCCGUCCCCAGCCCCAGCCGCGGCCAGCGCUCUGGGUGCUCCUGUUCUUCCUACUGCUGCUGGCUGCUGCCAUGCCCAGGUCAGCACCCAAUGACAUUCUGGACCUCCGCCUCCCCCCGGAGCCCGUGCUCAAUGCCAACACGGUGUGCCUAACGUUGCCAGGCCUGAGCCGCAGGCAAAUGGAGGUGUGUGUGCGUCACCCUGACGUGGCUGCCUCAGCCAUACAGGGCAUCCAGAUCGCCAUCCACGAAUGCCAACACCAAUUCCGGGACCAGCGCUGGAACUGCUCAAGCCUGGAGACUCGAAACAAGAUCCCCUAUGACAGUCCCAUCUUCAGCAGAGGUUUCCGAGAGAGCGCUUUUGCCUAUGCCAUCGCGGCAGCUGGUGUGGUGCACGCGGUGUCCAAUGCAUGUGCCCUGGGCAAACUGAAGGCCUGUGGCUGCGACGCGUCCCGGCGAGGGGAUGAGGAGGCCUUCCGUAGGAAGCUGCACCGCCUGCAACUGGACGCACUGCAGCGUGGUAAGGGCCUGAGCCAUGGGGUCCCGGAACACCCAGCCCUGCCCACAGCCAGCCCAGGCCUGCAGGACUCCUGGGAGUGGGGCGGCUGCAGCCCCGACAUGGGCUUCGGGGAACGCUUCUCUAAGGACUUUCUGGACUCUCGGGAGCCUCACAGAGACAUCCAUGCGAGAAUGAGGCUUCACAACAACCGAGUCGGGAGGCAGGCGGUGAUGGAGAACAUGCGGCGGAAGUGCAAGUGCCACGGCACGUCAGGCAGCUGCCAGCUCAAGACGUGCUGGCAGGUGACGCCGGAGUUUCGCACCGUGGGGGCGCUGCUGCGCAGCCGCUUCCACCGCGCCACGCUCAUCCGGCCGCACAACCGCAACGGCGGCCAGCUGGAGCCAGGCCCAGCGGGGGCACCCUCGCCCGCUCCGGGCGCUCCCGGGCCGCGCCGCCGGGCUAGCCCCGCCGACCUGGUCUACUUUGAGAAGUCGCCCGACUUCUGCGAGCGCGAGCCGCGCCUGGACUCGGCGGGCACCGUGGGCCGCCUGUGCAACAAGAGCAGCGCGGGCUCGGAUGGCUGCGGCAGCAUGUGCUGCGGUCGCGGCCACAACAUCCUGCGCCAGACGCGCAGCGAGCGCUGCCACUGCCGUUUCCACUGGUGCUGUUUCGUGGUCUGCGAAGAGUGCCGCAUCACCGAGUGGGUCAGCGUCUGCAAGUGAGCGGCCCGGGAUCCCCUGGGCCCUGCUCGAGAUCCCCUCCUGGAGCCUGGCACUCUGAGGCUUACGGUCUUGGCCAGGCAGCAUCGCCUUGGCUCUUGGGAGAUGAGAUUGGACCACAUGAUCUUAUAGGCACGUCCCAGUUCUGAGGUCUGUGCUCGCCGGACAGUCCAGGCCUGUCUGAACCCCACCAGUCAUUUCUGUGGGCUCUAGGACUGAUUGGCCUCUUCCUCUCUCCCCCAAGUCCAGAUAGCUCAGUUGGGCUGGGGGUUGCCCCAUACCCUAAAACAAGCGUCAGCCAGGCAGCCCCUCAGUCUGUCCAUCAUUUCACCCUUUCCCUGGAGACGGGGUGGUGGAAUGAAUGGAGGCUGGUGGGCAGAGGAGGAUUAAAAAAAAAAAAAAGAAAUAGACAUAAUUGAACCCAAGUGAUUCCGUAGAGGCCCCAGACAGCCUCCCCCACUAUUCCCCUCAUCAUUCAUUUAACAAAUAUUUAUUUUGCACUCUCUUUGCGGCACUCUGGGGGUGGUGGGGUGGGUAGGGACAGCAAUACUAGGCACUGGGGCCGCAGAUGUGAGUAAGCAAGACACAGCACUUGUCCUCUUGGGAUUACAUUCUUGCUGGGGGGAGGCGUGGGCAAUAAACAAGUAAAUAUACAAACAA